UAUCGUGUUUACAUGACGAACGUGGUUAUAUUAUUUUGUCGUGCUAUUCAUUACACCGUUUUAUAUAAUCGUUUAUGAUUAUUGUUAAAACGCAUGGGGUUUGACGUUUUAGUUAAAAAGGACUAAGUCACAGAAUUUCGUAUAGUGGAGCAGAAAAAGAUUGGAUGCAUUAACUUACAAGACUGAUAUAUUUUGACUAUUCUUCAACAAUUAUAAAGCAAAGUAGAACAGUGUUUAUUAGCAAGUUAAGCUUUCACGGGGAUUUAAAUCCGAGAUUUGUUGGAGCUUCCAGUGUGUCAUGCAGUCAUUAGCAUUUAGUUGCGGAUUUUAAACACGGACAAUGACAGAAGGAAAUGUAAAAAAUGACACAUUGGGCGUCGCGCUAUCAUAUGUAUCGGCUGUCAGUUGUGGACUGUCCAUCUUGGGCGCCAUGGGAAUAUUCCUGACCUAUGCACUCUUUUCGGAAAUACGAAACACAGCGCGAAAAUUGAUGAUAUCCUUGACCAUAGCUGACUUCCUGACGCCUACAGGAAUCUUGACUGCAAUUGUGGUGCAGGGUUUCGGAGACCACGUUAGUAACACAGACUUCUGCACGGUACAGAGUGCUGUAACUACCUACUCAAGCCUGGUCUCAUUCUUCCUCACUGUAGCUAUCGCCGGCUACUUGUUCGUAGCGGUCAACAGGCGCAGCAUGUCUUCAACCUGUGUCCUUGUUGUAUCAAAUGUUGUGUCAUGGACAGUACCAGGAAUUAUCAUCGUCGUAGCGUUGUACAAAAAGAUCCUGGGUCGGAAUAAGCUCGACCUUCCCAUAGGAACUGGACCGUGGUGCUGGGUUAAUUUUGACGAACAAGAUCGUUCGACAUCUAUAGCGUAUAUGUUCAUAACUGGAAAAGGCUGGGAGUUAGCUUGCUAUCUGCUUACCGCAACGUUUUACGUAUUGUUGAAAUUUAAACUGUACCUUCGUCAGCGGUUCAAGCACUUGAAUGAAAUCAACCCUGAUCUUCGUGACGACGACAAAAAUUUCCUGUAUGUUUGGUUGGUAUUUUUGGCCAUCCGAGCAUGGGGUACCAUACGCUUCUUCAUGCUGAUUGCUUACAGUGGUGAGAUUCCGAAAGAUGAUCUUAAUACAGUCCUUUUGUUCUUGCAAGCUAUUGGUGACCCGUCACAAGCACUUUUCAAUUUCAUUCUGUUCUGCUUGCUUGACCGCGAUGUGCGCCAGAAGAUGUGCCAAAGGUGUACGUUAUGUAUGACAGUGAUAUACGCGACUAUACAUAACAAUGAUGGCAACUGUGAAGAGUCACAAGACCGACACAUCGACCAUGCCUCAAUUAAAGAAGAGUCGUAUGCCGAUAACGGUCAUACAGAUGAAGUGUCAUUACCUAAAUCAAAUGAACGCGCUGGAAUAAUGUCACAAAGUGAUACCAGGUUCAAUGUCAUCGGGUCUAAACGAAAAUACGGCUCUGUUCUAACUACAUUGAACUCCUUUUCAAACAAGGCAUUUACAGUUUAGUAUAAGCCUUACAUACUAUUGUUACCUUCAAAUCAACGAAGAUGUAUAAAACGUUUCGCUCCAAAUAAUGUGUUUUGGUACUGAAUGCAAUGUUUAAGAAUUUAAUAUGCUAAAAUUUAUAUUGUUUUAUUAUUCUUGCCAUGCAGCUUACGUAACGCGUUUUAGUUGAAAUAGACUUCUGUAGAAUGUUAUGCGUAACUCAUUUGUUUAUGUGUCUAUAGCAAUGACACGUGAUUGGGGUUAAUAAAGUGACAUGUUAAAACAAAAACAAAAUGUUAACAGCUUUUAAAAACAAUC